AUACUGACUUCUGGUCAGUGAUAUAUUUAUAUAGUAAUUUCUAUAUAGUACUUUUCCUUAUAUACUCCUAAAUAUGCGCACACAUAAAUGCAUUGGCUUGCAAAUAGCGAUGAUGAGUAGGCUUAUCUCCGUGGUGUUGCUCCUGCUGGCCCUUAAUCCCGGCUCGAAGGCCCAGGACUCCAGCUCGGCAUUGUGCCACCAGGACGAACUGUGCACCUCGGUCCAGCGUUGCGAGGAGUCGGACGACUCCGGGCGAAAGUUCAUUGGCCCGCGGAUCUCCCGCUUAUGCGGUGUCGGAAGGAUCUGCUGUGAGAAGGCGCAGCUGGAGAGCUGGGACAUGCAUGCCUCCAAUCCACAGCCGACCCGCUCCAUCACCCUGAUCCAGAACAAGGUUUCCCCCUUUUCGGAGCCUCUGCUGAAUGAGAGUUGCGGCCUGAACAAGAAGUGCAUGCCCAGGAAGCUCUGCCGCGACAACGUCAUCAACGACCCCGGAAUCGAGCUCAUCAAUUCCAGGAUCAGCUCCAUUCCGUGCAGCAGGGUUCUGUACCGCUGUUGUUCAUUUGACCAGUCAGAGGAUGCCUUGUAUGGAUAAUUUUGUAGUGUACCCAAAGUCUAGACGUGGCGGUUCUGAGCAAUGGAUAAUCUUGCCAUAUUACAAACUUUUGAACAUUCUGUCAUCUGAUGUGAAUAAAAAUGGAGUUGGUCCCGUA